GCACCUGACGGCAUUCAGCCUCAGGAACCUCAAAACUGAGGUUUUUAUAUAACAUUUCAUUUCUUAUGUUCAAUGUAGUGUCGUAUUUCAUAGGAAUCCUGUGUUUUUGGUUAUUUAAAGCGUCACAACGUGUGCUUUUAAUAAUAGUAACACCUCAGUGAAAGAAAUUCGCAAUCACUCUAUGUCAUUUCUAAAUUGUUUCGCUUAUGUCCAUAUAUGGGGUCACGUUAUUCUUCCCAUCUAGAUAUAGUCUCAAGCACGAAUUCAACAUUGUUAUGUAUCUUUCACUGUGCAACAUGUUUGUUUUUCAUGUGGUAAUUUCAUUUUUCACUAUAGAAUUUUAUGAGAUAACUGAUGUCCCAGAAUCCCGUUGUCGUGUUUUAUUGAAAACUAACGAGUUUUGGCUUCACAUUCUAAACGUGGGUUGUGAUGAUUCAAUAAGUGCCACUGCGGUUCAGAAUUCUUUGCCGGGUAGUACACACCCAAACGAUGAAUCACAAUCGGUAUGUGCAUCAGUCAGUAGCUCUUAUGUUGGUGGUCUUCGUGAUGAGAAUUUUCAGGCAAAAGAAGAUUUCCAAAUGAAGUCCACUUCGCCAGAACACCAGUGUGAAAUAGAUUCGUCUCCUGGAGCAAUUGAAAGAAAUGCAGAUUCACCUGUGUUGAGUACCCAGUCAUCCUUAUUCUGUGAUGUCUGUCAAGUACCAUUUACAUCGAUUAAAAAUAAAGAAGAGCAUGAGAAUGGUAAAAUGCAUAAAAAGCAAAUUGUGUUGAAGUCAAAAUGGAGUGGUCAUUUGAGUAUGAGUCAAUCAUUGAGCAUUACUGGUGACAUACAAGAAGGUUCGUCGAAGAAUCACAUUCACUGGUCACCAGGAACACAGAGUUUUAUGAACACCAAUUCAACUGCCGACGAAACUGUCGAUUCCCAGCCCCAACCCACAAUGCGAAAUACUGAUGAAGGGGAAAUCACCGUCGUCUAUGUCGAUUGUGCCUGACGGAAAUAUUAAUCCUACUUCAUGAUCUGAAUGGUAAUCCACAUA